UCGCUCGGUAUGCGGGCGGUCGCGGUCAGCGGUCAGGCAGCUGAUGCUGAGACUUGUCCUUCUGAGUGUCAUAGAAAAUCGCACUAAUUUCGACUCUACACGUCGACCCUGCUUAAAGCAGAAGUAAUUCCAGACGCUCAUUCUUCCUAGAGGUGCUGGAACACAACAAUCCGUCAUACAUAGCUUCCUUUACAGCUCUGUCCAGUGGAUGAUGGCUCGUGACAGUGUGGAAGAAGAGCUUGAUCGUCGGUGAAGAAUGCGGCCGACGGCGGUGUGCGUCGUGCUGCUGUCGGUAAUCUGCGUGGCACGGUCGGCCCACCUUCGCGGAACAUGGAACACGGCCGACUUCUUCCACUUCCUCGCCAAAUUUGGCAUUCAAAAGGCGAACAUGCACAACGCGCGCGACUCUCUGGGCUACAUCUACGGAAACGUCACAGCGGCGACGGCGUCGUCGGCGACGGUGACGUUAGCCGUGCUGGACCGCGGCUUCUUCCUUGAGUACUAUGGCAACCGGACAGUGGUGGACGGUGAACUAGCGUGCCGGCGCAUGAUGCACAAGAUUGACGGCGCUGCGUAUGACGCUGCGUGCAACGACCGCGGCAAGGACUUUUUGCGGCGGGUGCCGUGUCCGCUGGGUGGACUCUGUGACGACGAGGAACCAGCCAACGUCAUCAACGGCCACCAGUUCACCUUCACCAUCCAGGACCUGGUGCAGCCGCGCUUCUGGUACCUUAGUCUGGUGGCCUGCUACCGUAACGAGACCACCUGCCAGUGGCACCACCUCAACGAGUCGCUCCAGAUCGACUACGACCUUUGGCUGGUCAACGGCAACCCCAAUGCCAGCCACCACAACGCGCUUGAGCUCCAGUUCUCGUUUGACAAGCAGAACACCUUGGAGAUCUCAUUCUUGUUCCUCCUGAUCUAUGUAAUCCUAGUCCCUCUGCAGAUUCAUGCAGUAAUGCACCAAAAACAUCCAGUGACAAGACUGUUCCUUGCCAGUGUCAUGCUUGAGAUGGUGGCCAUGCUUCUGGAGGUGGUGCAUGGCGCCAAGUACGCUGUGGACGGCGUUGGUGUGACCGACGUUGCCGUCGCUGGAGACAUCCUCGACAUCCUCUCUCGUACACUUUUCAUGCUCUUGCUGCUGCUUUUGGCCAAGGGCUGGGCCAUCACGCGGAUUGAGCUUACCUGGAAGCCGCUUGUCUUCGGUAUUUGGAUGCUCUAUGGCGUAGUGCACAUCCUACUCUAUGUCUGGAACACUACCGAGGUGGACAUUAUCGAAGACAUCGACGAGUACCAGACCUGGCCGGGCUGGUUGAUCCUGAUAUUCCGCACUCUGAUCAUGGGCUGGUUCUUACUGGAACUGCGCUACACCAUGUUGCACGAGCACAACGCUCAGAAACUCAACUUCCUACUGCACUUUGGCGCUUCUGCCCUUGUCUGGUUCAUCUACUUGCCCAUCAUAGCUCUGAUCGCCCUGCAGAUUUCAUCGCUCUACAGAUUCAAGCUCAUUCUAGGCAUCACGUAUUCUGCUGACGCGCUGGCUUACUGCGUGAUCUGUCACCUGCUAUGGCCGACGCGUUCCGAGCAAUACUUGCUGUUGGCAGACAGCGGCUACCUUGGUGACGAAUUGGACGAGUUCAACGAGGCACCGCAUGUGGUCAAUUCUUACGCUGGCUUUGUUUCCAAUGGCGAACUCUUGCUCACUGGCUCUUCAAACUCCUCGCCGCGAGAAUCUUUCUCCGUGACCGCCUAACUGUUUGUGAUUCUAGCUUGUAGAUUUUAAUUAUCGUCAGUCGCGCUAUACGUUGAUUCAAGAGUGUUCAUUUUUUUCAUUGUGUAAGUGUUGGUUUUGAUCCUCAAGUAUUGUUCUGAAUUACGUAAAUGAGCUACUCCUAGCUCACACGGUUAUUUAUUAACUAACGACAACGUGUCAUAUUUUUGUAUUGGAAAUGUUGUCACAAUAAACUGACUUGGAGAAUAUCUUGGUCUCUCACGCA